ACGCGGGCCGCGAGCUGCAGAGCUCGCAUCGUCGUGACUUAUAUAUAGAUUAGGUCGAGACCGAGCCUAGGACUCGGCCACUGACUAUUUAGUGGCUGGCUGCAGCAGAGUGUAAAAAGUUGCAAGUGCUGCGGGUGGUCCCCAACGUUCUGGCAAAAGUGGAGUUACGACAGCGAUGAAGCAGGCUUCAUCGUUCGCCUCGUCCUCGACCUCGUCCGACGAACUACUGAGCUCGGCUCGACGUCGUCGCUCUCGUUGUUAUUGUUGCUGUCGUUGUUGUCGUUGUUGCGGGCUCGACUACCACAACGUUGCGUCCGAGUCAGUGCUCGAGCGAGUAACGAUGCUCGUGCUGAAACGAUGAUACGCGAUCAGCCGCAGGGAGUGCGCGCGACGCGACUGGGCCCCCGCGUACGUAAACUUUCAGCUUGGCUGUAUUGAAAUAUACAUACAUAAACUCUUUACGUCUGCUCGCUGUGUUGUUGUGAAAAAUAUAUACGUCAAGACACCGAGCGUCGAAUUCGCUGACCGACAGACACAGACCGAGUCGGGCAGCCGACCGACAACUGCCAGUUAAGUUGCCACAGCACGCAUCGAGUUGAGAAGGCGCGUGCGAAUACCAGCUUUAUACACUUUCUUGCCACUGUGUGACGGCUACUGCUAUUGUUGCUCGAUUUGCAAUUCAUUCUCUUGUUCGACCGAGUGCACAGCGAAAAAAGUGUCCGCUUGAUGGUUCACCGAGCUUUUCUGCCUCUUUUCCAACUUGUGGGCAUGCUGACGAAAUGCCCUGGAUCUAUUGAGUCGACAAUACUACUGCUCCAUAUCUAUAGACUCUUCUUGCACGUACACGCAGCGUUUUGUCUAGAAAAUUGAGGUAAAAAGAAUACGUCAGACUGCCGCGACAUAAGAAAGGUCGUGCGACGGACUCACCGUCCGACCGCGACUCCAACAUGACGGACAAAUUAGCCAGUGGUGGUCAGGCUCAGCCUAUUGUUAAAAUAGGUCAUUACAUGCUUGGUGCUACCUUGGGCGUUGGGACUUUUGGAAAAGUAAAGAUUGGAGAACAUCUUUUGACCAAACAUAAAGUUGCUGUGAAAAUACUAAAUAGACAAAAAAUCAAAAGCCUUGAUGUCGUUGGCAAGAUUAGAAGAGAGAUUCAAAAUCUCAAACUUUUUCGACAUCCUCACAUAAUUAAAUUAUAUCAAGUUAUUAGUACCCCUACAGAUAUUUUCAUGAUCAUGGAAUAUGUCUCUGGUGGUGAACUUUUUGAUUACAUCGUGAGACAUGGUAGGCUCAAAGAACACGAAGCCAGAAGAUUUUUCCAACAGAUUAUAUCUGGUGUUGAUUAUUGUCAUAGGCAUAUGAUAGUUCACAGAGACUUGAAACCAGAAAAUUUAUUGUUAGACCAUAAUCUUCACGUGAAAAUUGCUGAUUUUGGACUUUCGAACAUGAUGAUGGAUGGAGAGUUUUUACGUACUUCCUGUGGAUCACCUAAUUAUGCGGCUCCAGAAGUAAUUUCUGGAAAAUUAUACGCAGGGCCAGAAGUAGAUAUUUGGUCUUGUGGAGUAAUUUUAUAUGCAUUACUAUGUGGUACACUGCCAUUUGAUGAUGAACAUGUGCCAACUCUUUUUCGCAAAAUUAAAAAUGGAGUAUUCCCAAUUCCUGAACACUUGAAUAAGUCUGUUGUUAAUUUGUUAUGUCACAUGUUACAAGUUGAUCCAAUUAAGCGAGCUUCAAUAGAAGAUAUCAAAAAACAUGAUUGGUUCCAAAAAGAACUUCCAAGCUACUUAUUUCCGUCACCUGUCGAGCAAGAUUCAUCUGUCAUUGAUAUUGAUGCUGUGACAGAGGUUUGUGAGAAAUUCAAUGUUCAAGACACCGAAGUUCAUUCAGCAUUACUCAAUGGAGAUCCUCACGAUCAGCUGGCCAUAGCAUACCAUUUAAUAAUAGAUAAUAAACGAAUUGCAGAUGAAGCAGCAAAAGCAGAAAUGAAAGACUUUUUUGUAGCUUCAAGUCCACCACCAGUAGCACUUGGUGAAGCAAGUUCAAGUCCUAUAAAGCCUCACCCAGAAAGAAUAGCACCACUUAGAGAACGUCAGGGAUCUGUGGGUAGUGGUACUUCUGGAACAAGUAGUAAAGGUACACCUGUAAAAAGAGCAAAGUGGCAUUUAGGUAUACGAUCACAAUCAAGGCCUCAUGAUAUCAUGAAUGAAGUUUAUCAUGCCAUGAAAAUUCUUAAUUUUGAAUGGAGAAUUAUGAAUCAAUACAGUGUAAGAGUGAGACGUAAGAAUAAAGUAACAGGAAGAUAUUGCAAAAUGUCGUUACAACUUUAUCAAGUAGAUUAUAAGAGUUUUUUGUUAGAUUUUAAAUCUUUAUCAUACAGUGAUAAUGAAGAUCCACCAACUGAACCUCCUCCACCUGGACCAAAGGGACAUCAUACAAUGGAGUUUUUUGAAAUGUGUGCUGAUUUAAUAUCGCAAUUAGCGAAAUGAAAAAUUUAUUGAUUGUGUACAUUCUAUGUACCAUCGUUAAUGACAAUUUAAUAUUGAACGAAGGUGGUAGUGAUUUAGACACCAGCUGAUUUUUUUUUUAUAAAUAUUUUGAAAAAUUGUAAAUAUUUCGAAUACCUGCGAUAGCCUUAGAGUUUUUGAACUUUCCAAGAUAAAUGUAUGAUUGUAUAUUUUGCGAAUUCUGAUCGUAGUUCGUGGCUACUAAAAUGUUGAGAGAACCAUUUUUCAAAUAUAAAUAUUUAACGUGAAUUGUAAGGUGACUUCUGAAUGAAUCAUUCAAAGAUGAGCUGUAGAAAAAAUUCAAAUGUGGCUUUAAAAUGUAAUACAAACAUUGAGACAUGUAAAUCAAGUAUUAUUUUAAAUAAAAAAUCUAUUGAACGCAAUUAAAAAUGAAAAGUGAAGAAUAACGUGUUUA